ACCCAAUCGUUCACUCACUCGCUCUUCACUCUCUCUCAGUUUCAACUUUCAAACACACAAUGGAAGCUGUGACUAUUGCUUCCCAAUUCUCGCCGGCGACGGGAUUCCGGCGGUCAUCUCCGGCGAGUUGCCGUGCAUCAGCUGCUCCUAAACGGAGCCUCAGCUUUUCGCCGUCUCCAAAAUGUUCUCUAUCCACCAGCUUUAUCUCCCCAUUUGUUGGCGGCAGUGUACUAGCGGACUUCUCGGGUCAGAGAAUCCGACCCGAUUCUCUUCACCCUAAUUCUUCCUCUGGCUCUCGCCCUAAACGUGCCGUUGUCACUAUGGUUAUUCCUUUCUCAAGGGGAACUGCAUGGGAGCAACCUCCUCCAGAUUUAGCAUCUUACUUGUAUAAGAACCGAAUCGUUUACUUGGGCAUGUCUCUAGUUCCAUCAGUGACUGAAUUGAUACUAGCUGAAUUUCUUUACCUUCAGUAUGAGGAUGAGGAAAAGCCAAUCUAUCUUUAUGUAAAUUCUACUGGAACAACCAAGGAUGGUGAAAAGUUGGGUUAUGAGACAGAGGCGUUUGCUAUAUAUGAUGUUAUGAGAUACGUCAAGCCACCUAUAUUUACCCUCUGUGUUGGGAAUGCAUGGGGAGAAGCUGCCUUGCUUUUAGCAGCUGGUGCAAAAGGAAAUCGUGCCGCAUUGCCCUCAUCUACAAUUAUGAUUAAGCAGCCAAUUUCUCGGUUUCAGGGUCAAGCAACAGAUGUUGAGCUCAUGCGGAAAGAAGUAAAGAAUGUCAAAGCGGAAUUGGUGAAAUUGUAUUCAAGGCAUAUUGGUAAAUCACCUGAGGAGAUUGAAGCAGAUAUAAGACGUCCAAAGUACUUUAGUCCUUCUGAAGCAGUAGAAUAUGGAAUUAUUGAUAAGGUUCUAUACAAUGAGAGGGGAAGAGAAGAUAGAGGAGUUGUAUCUGAUCUGAAGAAGGCCCAACUUAUCUGAAAGGACUCAAAGGAGUCAAAAGUCCCAUUAGCCAUGAAACCAUAGGGAUUGAGGUGACGUUUGGCAUCUACCUUUCACCGGCAAUUCAUCAACAAGGCUAUUCCUCAUCAUGAAUGCUCCCUUUAUUCUACAGAUUCCCUCGAACUUUAUUAGCGGUUACCAACCGGUACAGCUACUGUACUUGUUUAAUACAGAUCUUAGUCACUUAGAUUCUGCAUUCUGGGUUAGCUCAAUGGAGUAGCUUAUAGAACGCGUGUAAAGUUUGGAACUACUCAGAAUGUUUAAUUAGAUGUUCCAACAUUUCAGUAUAAUAUUCCAACUGCAAGUCUGUUCACCAAUUUGUUAAGUGGAGACCUUAGAAAGGUGAAACAAUUAGACCCAAUAUUUGUUUGUUGAAUGAUGCAGCAUCAAACUACUUCAUUUA